AUGGAGUUCAUUAGCGGAUUUUUAAAGCCCCAUAGAGAGAAGCUGCGAUAUUUCGCGCUGAUGCUGAGCUGCGUGAAACUUUUUCGGGGUCUGGGCCUGCUCUUUCGUGUGAGAGCGAAUUCGGACACUUCCGAUUCCAUCUCCACAAAGCCACUGUUGGGCGCUCUACUGAUGUCAACGCUGGGCAUGCGCUUGGCUCAGCUGAACCAUGAUCAGACCAUGCUGGCCGUGCAUAGCGCCAGCCUGGUGCUCAAUGUCACAUAUCUAAUCAUCUUCUAUCACUACGCUCCGCCGGAGCGCAAGAUUCGCAUUGUACUUAAAACCAUGAUCAUUUCACUGCUAAUUAUCAUCUGUUUGAUCUACUCGUUUCUCGGCGAUCGAGCAAAUGUGAAGCGGGACUUGAGCAUUAUCAUGACGAGCACCACAUCGUUGCUGAUCUUAUUGGGACUGCUGCACCGCACUGGCUGUCUGGGCUGUCUGAUAUCCAUACUGGUGGUCUCCUCGAAGAUGCUCUAUGCACUAUCUACCAUGAACCGGUUCAAUUUAUAUCAGUCCCUAGUAGUGUUCUGCCUGGACGUGGCUCGCAUCGCCUUUUUGCUCCUGAAUACCACUUAUGAAGGGGAUGAUUGCUGCUGUAACAAUGGCAAUUGGUCCAAAUGA